AUGAGUAUCAAAGAUUUAAAAUUAGAAGAUUUUUUUACAUAUUUUUUUCCCUCAACAGGUAAAGUACCUUUUAUUCAUGUGGGAAAUCAAGUAGUAUCAGAACUUGGUCCAAUAGUCCAAUUCGUUAAAGCCAAGGGCCAUUCUCUUAGUGAUGGGCUGGAUGAAGUCCAAAAAGCAGAAAUGAAAGCUUACAUGGAAUUAGUCAACAAUAUGCUGUUGACUGCAGAGUUGUAUCUUCAGUGGUGUGAUGAAGCUACAGUAGGGGAGGUUUUAGAAGAUGUAGACCAGUGCUGUCAAGCUCUUUCUCAAAGACUGGGAACACAACCCUAUUUCUUCAAUAAACAGCCUACUGAACUUGAUGCACUGGUAUUUGGCCAUUUGUACACCAUUCUUACCACACAGUUGACCAAUGAUGAACUUUCUGAGAAGGUGAAAAACUAUAGCAACCUCCUUGCUUUCUGUAGAAGAAUUGAACAGCACUAUUUUGAAGAUCAUGGUAGAGGCAGGUUGUCUUAGAGUUAUGUAUUAAUACAGUUAUUUUAAAAAAAUCAAACUUUUGAAAUAUGUUACUUGAAUGUUAUAACAGAUACUGUAUCCAAAUUUUAAAACCAAAUCACUGCUUUUUGAAACCUCAAAACAAAUUAUAUAAUGUAUCCUGUGUAUGUACUUUAUAUUAUUAUUUGUGUUGACAUUAAAAUAAUUCUGAAUUAUUUCAUUUG